GUAGAAGAUCCGGGAGGACCUUUCCUUACCACGAGACAUCAAGAUCCAAAUCUUCAGUCCGUUGAAAAAAAUACGGACAAUCUCCGUUCUCCAGAAGGAAUUUUGCAAAUCUUUAUGCAUCGACGAAGAUCAAAAAGAGGUGAUGAUUAGACGUAUAAACCUCGAAUCAUCCACACAAAUCAACGAAAGAUAAAGAGAGACAAAGGAGAUAAAAGGGAGAACAAGGGCAGCAAACAAAUGUCUGGUAAAAGCAGGGGGUGGUCCGAAAUAACCCCACUUCUACGCUCUCGGUCCUCCUUCCUCGAAAUGGUCACCUCCACCGCCACACCCGAUUCCGCCCCUUCCCGCAGCAUCUUUCUUGGCGUCGAUGUCGGCACCGGCAGCGCCCGCGCAGGUCUGUUUAAUGAGGAUGGGAAGCUUCUGGGUUCUUCUAGUAGCCCGAUACAGAUUUGGAAAGACGGAAACUGCGUUGAGCAAUCUUCUACCGAUAUAUGGCAUGCCAUUUGUGCGGCGGUGAAAUCGGCAUGUUCCCUUGCUGAUGUUGUGGCAGGGGAAGUGAAGGGUUUGGGAUUUGCAGCCACUUGUUCUCUUGUUGCGGUGGAUGCCGAUGGCUCUCCUGUCACAGUUUCUUGGAGUGGUGAUUCAAGAAGAAAUGUCAUAGUAUGGAUGGACCAUAGAGCUGUGGAACAGGCUGAAAGGAUCAAUUCCCGCAAUUCACCGGUGUUACAGUACUGUGGUGGAUCCCUUUCCCCAGAGAUGCAGCCUCCAAAGCUUCUAUGGGUGAAAGAAAACUUGCAAGAAUCUUGGUCUAUGGUGUUCAGGUGGAUGGACUUGAGCGAUUGGUUGUCAUACAGGGCAACAGGAGAUGAUACUCGGAGUUUAUGCACCACAGUGUGCAAAUGGACUUAUCUUGGGCAUGCACACAUGCACCAAGCCAGUGAAAAAGAUUCCCGCGAUAUGGAAGCUUGUGGAUGGGAUGAUGACUUCUGGGAGGAGAUCGGAUUAGGUGAUCUUGUAGAAGGGCAUCAUGCGAAGAUAGGACGAAGUGUAGCUUUCCCUGGCCAUCCUUUGGGUUCUGGUCUUACUCCAGCUGCCGCGAAGGAACUGGGUCUUGUAGCAGGAAUUCCUGUUGGGACUUCGUUGAUUGAUGCUCAUGCAGGUGGUGUGGGGGUAAUGGAAAGUGUACCACAGUUAGCGUCUGAUGCUAAAGAGGGUGAUAUGGAAGCUAUAUGCCACCGGAUGGUAUUAGUCUGUGGAACUUCAACUUGCCAUAUGGCUGUAUCACGGAGCAAGUUGUUCAUUCCAGGAGUUUGGGGACCAUUCUGGUCAGCUAUGGUACCUGAGUAUUGGCUCACAGAAGGUGGUCAGAGUGCUACUGGUGCAUUAUUGGAUCAUGUAAUUGAAAACCAUGUUGCAUCUCCAUCCCUUGCUAAUCGUGCUGCUUCCAGAAAUAUUUCUGUGUUUGAACUUCUGAACAAGAUAUUGGAAACAACGAUGCUUGAUCUGAAGCGUCCAUUUCUUGCUUCUUUGACUGAAGAUAUGCAUGUCCUCCCUGACUUCCAUGGGAACAGGUCUCCUCUUGCAGACCCCAAAUCAAAAGGAGUGGUCUGUGGCUUAACGCUUGACUCUAGUGAGAAGCAAUUAGCUCUUCUAUACCUGGCUACCCUACAGGGUAUUGCAUAUGGCACACGUCAUAUUGUAGAGCAUUGCAAUGCCCAUGGUCACAAUAUUGACACAAUACUUGCAUGUGGUGGCCUUGCAAAGAACCCCCUAUUCAUUCAAGAACAUGCGGAUAUCCUUGGCUGCCCUAUAAUUCUUCCACGAGAGAGCGAGUCUGUGCUUCUGGGUGCUGCCAUUCUCGGUGCGGUUGCUGCAAGGAAAUAUUCUGGUCUGAAUGAGGCCAUGAGGGCCCUGAAUGCAGCUGGUCAGGUCAUUCAUCCAUCUAAAGACCCAAAGGUGAAGAAGUACCAUGAUGCCAAAUACCAUAUAUUCCGGGAGCUUUAUGAGCGGCAGAUAUCUCAUCGUUCUAUCAUGGCUCAAGCCUUGGCUUAGUUAAUGUGCCACUUGGUCUGUGAGUACAUAUCUGGAUUCUCUGGUUACUUGAUUGCGUUGUGACACAGGACUAUUGUUAUUUACUUUUAGCCAUGCGAACUUUGCAUAUACGAAUAGGGAAAAAAAUCCACGGGAUUAAGUGUAAA